CUGCUCCCUCCUCCCUCCCCUGGGCCCUGCUCCCUGCCCUCCUGGGCAGCCGGGGCAGCAAGGACGGCACCAAGGGAGCUGCCCCAUGGACAGGGCCCCACAGAGACAGCACCGAGCCUCUCAGGAGCUGCUGGCCGCAAAGAAGACCCACAGCUCACAAAUUGAAGUGAUUCCUUGCAAAAUCUGUGGGGACAGGUCGUCUGGGAUCCACUACGGGGUUAUCACCUGUGAGGGGUGCAAGGGUUUCUUCCGCCGGAGCCAGCAGUGUAACGUGGUCUACUCCUGCACCCGCCAGCAGAACUGCCCCAUCGACCGUACCAGCCGAAACCGGUGCCAGCACUGCCGGCUGCAGAAAUGCCUGGCACUGGGCAUGUCCCGAGAUGCUGUCAAGUUUGGCCGCAUGUCCAAGAAGCAGAGGGACAGCCUGCACGCCGAGGUGCAGAAACAACUACAGCGGCAGCAACAGCAGCAGCGGGGACAAGUGGCCAAGACCCCGCCAGCGGGGGGCCAGGGAGCAGAUGCCCUCGCAUGCCCUGUGGGACUCCCAGAUGGGCAGCUGCCCCUGGGCUCUUCACCUGACCUGCCUGAGGCCUCGGCCUGCCCCCCCGGCCUCCUGAGAGCCCCAGGGUCUGGGCCCUCCUGCCCCAGCAGCCUGGCCAAGGCGGGGCCCAACGGGGCCUCAUACCACCUGGGACACAGCCCCGAGCGGGGCAAGGCCGAGGCCAGAGACGGCUUCUAUGGCACAGGCAGCCAGCUGCCCCCUGACACAUGUGGGCUUCAUUUCGAGGACCCCAGGCAUCCUGGGCUUGAGGAACCAGGACAGGGCCCGGACAGCUACUGUAGCCCCAGCUUCCACAGCACCCCAGAGGUGCCCUAUGCCUCCCUGACAGAGACUGAGCACCUGGUGCAGAACGUUUGUAAGUCCUACCGAGAGACAUGUCAGCUGCGACUGGAGGACCUGCUACGACAGCGCCCUAACAUCUUCUCCCGGGAGGAGGUGGCUGGCUACCAGAGGAAGUCAAUGUGGGAGAUGUGGGAACGCUGUGCCCACCGCCUCACUGAGGCCAUUCAGUACGUGGUGGAGUUCGCUAAGAGGCUCUCAGGCUUUAUGGAGCUCUGCCAGAAUGACCAGAUUGUGCUUCUCAAAGCAGGAGCAAUGGAAGUGGUCCUGGUCAGGAUGUGCCGGGCCUACAACGCUGACAACCACACAGUCUUUUUCGAAGGCAAAUACGGAGGCACGGAGCUGUUCCGAGCCUUGGGCUGUGGGGAGCUCAUCAGCUCCAUCUUUGACUUCUCCCACUCCCUGAGCACAUUGCGCUUUUCUGAGGAUGAGAUUGCUCUCUACACAGCCCUCGUGCUCAUCAACGCCAACCGGCCAGGGCUCCAAGAGAAGAGGAAAGUAGAGCAGCUGCAGCACAACCUGGAGCUGGCUUUCCAUCACCAUCUCUACAAGACCCACCGCCAAGGUAUCCUGGCCAAGCUGCCACCCAAGGGGAAGCUUCGGAGCCUGUGUAGCCAGCACGUGGAAAAGCUGCAAACCUUCCAGCAUCUGCACCCCAUCGUGGUCCAGGCUGCUUUCCCUCCACUCUACAAGGAACUCUUCAGCACUGAAAUUGAGUCACCUGAGGGGCUGUCCGAGUGACCCAGAGGAGGGACUGCUUUUCCCUUCUCUGGAGCCCGCUGGCCCUCGCCCCAGCCCUCCUCCUACCCUCACCUUUUUCUUUCCUGUGCUCUGAGAGGGUGGACCCUGCCUGUUCUUUGGGGGUGAGCGAUUGCUCAGACUGGCUUUCUGCCCACAGGCAUGCUCAGCGGUGGGCCAAGAGCUAGAGAGGGUAGGGAUGAAGGAACACCGUCUCCAGCCUCAGCUUGGUCGUGUCUCCUUCACCAUGACUCUUCACCCCCAGCUUCUGAGAGGCCCAGGGUGGCACAUAGGGACCUCUAGGAGGACCACAGUGUCCAGGGGGAUCCAGGACACCCUGGAUGAAUGGAACUCAACUCUGAGCUCAGAAGCUAAGAACAGGACUUUAAAAUACCUCAUUGCAUUUCCCUGUGGGCUUUGGCUGGGGAGGUAUGUCAAGCUCAGAGACUGGCAGCUGGAGCCCAGAAGGACCUGUAUAUAACAUGAACACAGAUCUUUAGA